GGUUACGGCAGUGUGAGAAAUAGCUUCCUCUAAUGCCGGUUUGGAUUUAGCUAAUUUAAAUAAUUUUCACUUAUUUGAACUCCAGUCAAUCAAAUCUAACAUUAAAUUUGACAAUAAGAAUUCUUUUAAAAAAAUCUAAUAAAUUUUAAACGUUUUAAACAUAUGGAGAACUUUUAUUAGGAACUAGUAGCGUUAUCUUAAUGUUAUUUUUGUAUCUGGCACAGCGGGAGCAGAGCUGAGUGUCAGGAGAGACUUAGCGGAGUUGGUACGGCUACGCUUCGUUGACAGUGAGAAACACUUCCCUGUCAACAUUGUGUAUAUUCAUUUAAAAAAUGACAAGUUCAGUAGGGAAACUGAUAAACUAUUUAGCAGACUCGAGUCUCACAGCGGAGUUUCAACGAAAAUGUGGAAUAAGUCACCACUCGUCUUUGCACAGCAACGGCGUCAAUGGAAACGCUCACGCCGGUACAGGUAUUUUGAAGACAAAUCAAGGCUCUGAUGAUUCGACACUCCCAGGUAGUUGUACUGAUUCUACUAAUAACAUUUUUUACAAAAAUGGCACAAUCUUACACAAUAAUACAGAACCAUUCGGCCCAUUUAAUGCGUCAGAUAAACAUGCCGACAACAGUCUUUCCAAUGGCUCGCACAUUUCAAAUGGCCAUAAUCAUAAUAAUACCGGUUUGAAGGAAAGAAAGUUGAACAAUGUACAGCCCAAAAAUGGAUUCACUAAAUUUGCCCACAAUAGACAUGAAGAGAAUGGCAAAGACAAUGACAAUCAUGUUGUUAAAAAUGGAUAUACUAACCAAGUCUCCAAUGGACAUAGUCAUUUUGAAAAUCUAACUGCCAGUGGGUUAAACAACAACAGUGACAGUGUUCAACAAGACAGCUCAAACUCAAAGAAUUAUAAAAUAGACAAUAUGCUAUUUUAUUACCUGUUUUCAUUUGGGGCUAGCCUUGGAAAUGAAAUUUUUUACAUCUUAUUUUUCUCAUCUUCACUGUGGAGUUUUGACAACUAUAUUGUUAGAAGACUACUUAUUGUGUGGGGUGUGAUUAUGUAUGUAGGACAGGCUGCAAAAGAUGUUAUUUGUUGGCCAAGGCCGAAAUCACCACCUGUUUUUCGUUUAGAGGAAAGAUAUGAAUUGGAGUAUGGAAUGCCUUCAACUCAUGCAAUGGUAGGAGUGGCAAUACCAUUCAGCUUGCUUUUUUUUAUGACUGGAAGAUAUGAGGUAUGUAAUAAUCAUAAUGCUUUUUUUAAGUUUGAUGAAAAUUAAUUUAUUAUCACUCAGUGUGUCAUCUAAGUCUAAGGAUUUUUAAAAAAUUGGUUUUUGGUCAAUUUUCUAUAGAAAUUUUUCUUUGAUAUUAGUUCGAUUUAAUUAUUAUAUGGACCUUUACAAAGAGUUAGAAAUAAGCCUAACUAACAAAACAUUGCUUUUAGUGGUGUUGUUGGCAUUAACUUUAUCUUCAGAGUAGGACAUAAGUGUUCAGGCUUAUUUUAAAUAAUUAUCAUGUAGUUAUAAAUUUGAAUGGCAAUGGGAACCAUAUAAGUAUAAGUAUAAGCCAUCGACAGCACAUCCGGAAAACACAGAUUUCACCGCUAAAUUAAAGCAUUAAUGCCAUUAUUUCUUUUUUAAAAGUGUAGGCACUAUGGUUUGUAAAUUUUAAUGUGAUAUUUUCAAUUUGGUAUACCUAUACUGUAUAAUAAUGAGUUACUAUUAAAAUGAAAGUACUAAAUUUAUAACACCAAAAUUAAUUCCCCUGCAGAUUUACUUAUAUUAUUGUAAUUGUUCAACAGUGCAUUUAUUUUACUUGGUUAUUAAUUUGGAAAAAUUAACUUUAUUUAGGAAAUAAAUUAUACUUUAAUGUAGAGUGGUUCUUAGUUAUAGGUAAUAAUUCCAAAAGUUACAAUUUUGCUGCUUCCACCCCCUAAUCCUGUUUCGAUAAAAUUUUAAAAAAGAACUGCAAAAUUUCAGCUCAGUCGGAAAACUGCUAGGCAGCCUUCAAAUGCCUUUAAGUUGGAACAUAAUAAUAGUAUAAAUAACAAUUAAUUCUGUUAAAAAGCUGUAUACUCUCCCCUAUCUCAACCAUUUUCUUUUUUCUAUCUAGCCAUAUUUUAUGUUGACACCUCCAGGCAAACGCAGCAAUUGUUAUAAACAUUCUGAAUUACAUAACCUAAAACUAAAAGAUAAUUCAAAAACUUCUUGAAAUAAUAUGAAUAAUUCACGAAAUAUUAGUUGUUUUCUUUAAUCGCACUCAAACUUUAUACGAGAAACACAUUUUAUUUAUAUUAUUUUUAUAUCAAUAAUUUCUAUAGAAUUUAAACAUAAUGUGAAAGAACAUUGAACAUUAUUUUUUCCUCGUGAGGAUUUUAUGGAAGUUGGGUAUUUUUUACCUUCUCCAUCAAGGAUCUGGAAAACAAUUUGUCUCAUAAUUUCAUCUUUUGUGAGAAUGUUAUUAUAAUCCUGAAUGAGUUUGAUGCCUCUUUCAGCAACAUCUUUUACAACUGUCUUCUUAAGUUUUUCAAUUCCACUUUUGUAACCAGCAUCAUCCUUCCAUGUUGAAGGGUCUUUGUUGAGGAUAUCUGUACUGAUAGAAAAUCUUGUGAAGAGUUUCCAAAGACAAAAACUCAAUCCUUGUAAAGGAAGAAAAAUUAUUUUGUACGGAAUGUUUCUCAUCAGUUGAUUUUUUUUUUUCUUCCUCUUCUUAUUCACAUUUGUCUUCUUCCAGCAUACCGUGUCCAAAUUUGCCUUAACCACUGUUGGAACAUUGUCACCAAACAAGGAUGAGCCCCAAUUUCAGGAACUAAGUUCCAGUGACAUUUUUUUUUUUUUCCAGCUGAAGCCAUUCUGAUUUCUGGAUCAAUAUCCUGCUAAUGUUUCAGGUGUCGCAUGAAUAGGAACUCAUAAUGUGUUUCUGACGACAGAAACCAGGCUUGAAUGUACACUCUAGCGAGAAAAAUGCAUAUACUUGUUAGAGAGUUCUAUUCCCUAUGAGAUAACUGAUAUUUAUCUUGAACAUUGAUAUCUUAACUUCAUUUAUUGCGUUAGCCAUCCACCUAGCAUGACUUACAGCUCCUGGUAUACAAAACAAUAUCCUGUUCUUCUGAAUGCUGUCACGAAAGAUCAUCAUUAUCUCCAGAAGUUCUCUGCAUUGUUCUUGCGGCUGUUUUUACGUAGAAUGAUAGCUAAGACAUCAUCAGGCACUUCAUUGUUACCAAUCAUGUAAACGUUCUUGUCGAGUUUUGUCCAGGUUUCUCUAACUCUUUUGAAAAGCUCCAUGUCUGGACCAGAAGUUGCAUCUAUCAGUGAGCUGAAACAGCUCCUCACAACUAACUCAAAAAUAUGAUGAUGGCAAGGGAGGUUGUGAUUGAAAUUUUGUUCUAGAUUUGUAGACAUCAUUUACUCAACCUGUGUUCGCUUGCUGUUGUAUCACAACUAAGUGCAUAUAUUUUGUCAGUUAUAGCUCACUUCCCCACUGCUUGGUAAACAGACAUGGCUUGCUGUUCUCCUGAAGAUGUUGGGAUUUCAGGCUCAGGGACUCGCAAAAAUUUUCCUUGCCUUGAAAAGUUACUAUUUCUGCAAGUCUAUCAACCUUUUCAACACAUUUCAGUGCUUUGAGUAGCUUUCCAUCUCAGUGCAACACUAACUAAUUCGUGGCAGUUGUUUAGGUGAAAUUUAUGCAGAAUUUCUCUGUGUCUCAAUUCUAUAUGCUUUGAACUAUUUUUAUUUUUAAACACAUUGUGUAUUUUUGCUAGGCGAUUUAACGCUUUGGGUCACAUUAGUAGUAAGGCAUGUACAUCGCAUUUAGUCACAAAAGUAGCGAAAGGGAUAAUUAAUAAUGUAUUAAAAUAUAUUAUUAUUAUUAUUAAAAAGUAUAUUAUUAUAAUUAACAUUAAAAAUGGAGAGGUCAUAAAAUAAGUUCAUCUAAUAAUAAUGAAUAAAUGGUAUAACAUAAUACACACUGCAAACAUUCAAAACUUCAUGGUCAGUGAGGGUCAUUUUGCCAUUAUCCAAACGAGCUAAAAUUUUGCACAUAUUGUCUUUUUAUUUUGUUGAUUGGAACAAGAGUAUAAAAGGUGAAAAAUAAGGGCCACCCUACAAACAGCGCCUACCUUUUCAUAAUAUAUUUAUUAUUAAAGCUUUCUUCUACAAAGUAUUACUUUUUCAAAAUAAGUAAUCAUAGAGAUGAUGUUUUAAUCCGGCUAUAUAUCACAUAAUGUAAUAUUAAAUUUAAGUACAGAUUAUGAUAUACCUAAAUUAAAUAUCAAUUAAUAUUAAAAAGACAUACGGUAUAUGAUUUUGUUGUGAUGAAAGACUGAUGUGAUAAGUCAGUUACACUGUAGGAUUCUGGGAAAUGAUGUUAACCCUCUUGAGAUGGGCUGGACUGAUAUAUCGACCCAUAGUGUUAUGGCGAAAAAAAAAGACGAAAGCUGAUCUGCUCAAUUAUAAAAGCCUAGAGAUUGGCUGGCUAAUCAGAUUGCUUCUGCAUUUCAUGUACAUAUUGUCAAUUUAAUAGUGGCUUCCAUUAAUAUUUUACGGUGCUCUGUUUUAUAUCAUUUUUCUUUUUUUUAACUAUUGAUCCCAAUAAAUGCUUUAAAAAAUAUGUGACCUUGAAAUAUAUCAUUUAUAGCUUCAAGGGAGUAUUUCUUGAAAUUGUUCACAUUGAAUCUCAUUCAUAUUUGGGUAAAGACUUAUUUCCGUUUCAACAAGCAUAAAAUUUAACAAAAUUCUGCAAGUAAGGCAAUUUUAUGCUGUUUUUUAAAAAAAUAUGCAUGCAUAAAUUAUGCAAAUCAGGAUAUCUCAGGAUAAAUGUUUCAGUUUGAUUCAUAAUGGUUGUUUUUAAAAAAAAAUAAUUCCCUACAAGAAUAUAUGUAAUUUUUAUAUUUGUAAAGUAAUUAGUUGUUUUUUUUAAAUGAGUUUUUUUUUUUGCAAAGUAAGUGCAUGGCUGAGACAAUCCAAAAAUGCUCUGUCUCAAGAGGGUUAAAAAGAGGUGCCUACUUAAGAAAUGAGAAUUUAUAGACUCAGCUGUGUGUGUGUUUGUAUUUCAGGAUGUGGGGGAUUAGGUAAAGUUGUAAAUAAUUGCAUAUAACCUUACAAAAAGUUUUCAAAUCAUUGUAACAUUGACUACAUUAUAACCUGUAAAUUGUAGAUAAUAUAAAGUAAAAGUGAACAGCUGAGAAUGGUGAAAGGGUUAUUUAUGCUUGUGGAGAAUUUUUUUAUUUACCAUCUAUUCUUUACAUACUUGUUUUAUUCACCAGUUUAACUACAUGGCAGGCAUACUAAUUGCAGUUGUUUGGAGUGCCCUAGUCAGUGUCAGUCGGCUUUAUUUGGGAAUGCACAGUGUAUUGGUAGGUUGUUUGUCCCCCCCCCCUCCCUCCCCAAGUUCUUUUUUCAAUUUUAUGCUGCUAAAAUAAAUGCAUUUAAAAUGUAUAGCAGAAUAUACAUAAUUUUUUUCCCUCUCUUAUCCAUCUACCUGGUCUAUACAUCUUUCUGUAAAAUAUUUCUUAUAUUUUUAGAGCUAGAGGGAAAAUUUCAUAAAGAGAUGCAAGGUUAACUGUUUGCCAAGUCAUUUGCUAUUUGUUUUGCUUAACUUAUCUGACUGCUAGCAAUUGUAUAUUUGUUUCCCCUUAACUAUUUAACAAAAGGUUGGCAGUUCUGUGACUUUUACAUUAUCUUUAGGCUGUGUGGAAGUUGAAACAUUCUUUUAUCUAAAUGAAUUUUAGGUAUUGUUUCGUUUUCUUAGUAAAUUAAUUCCUUCUUCCUAAGCACUUGCACUUAUUUUCAUUUUUAGUUAAUGAUUCCUUGUCACUGAAGUAUCACAUCCAUUUUUUUUUUUAAAUUAAAAAUUGCUCGAGAAUUUUCAGAAGUUUCAUUAUUUAUCUAUAUGAGUUUGCACAAUUAGGAAACAAUUAAAUAUAUGGUUUUCUCAUACUUUUAUAAGUUAUUAAAAAGUAUAGUAUAUAAGUAAUUGCAUAUCAAUUUUUUUUAAAAAUUCCAUUGGUGGCCCUCUUUGCACUUCGAGUUUGAAUUUGAUAUUCCUGCAUGAUAACUGUGAUCAGUUAUGACACUCUAUUUAUUAAUGCUGGUAGUUAUAUUUUCAUAAACCAGAAAAAUUAGGUUUUUAAUAUUACCAAAAAUAAAUGUUCUAGCUAUGUGUGUAUAAACUGAUUGAACUUUUUUUCCCCUCCAAAUUUUGUCUGAAAAUUUAUAAAAUUAAUGGGUUUUUUUCCUGAGAAUAUGAAAAUAUUUGAAAGCCUACACUUCUAUUUUAUUUAAAUAGUUAUCAGAAAAGGAUUUGAUAUUGAUGAUUGCCUAUUUAUUAUUAUCUAUUAUUUAAUUGCUGCAUCCCUAAUCUUAAACAUUCUUAUCGUAACUACCUAAGUUGUAAAAGUUAAACUUAUGAUAAAGUUUUCUGCUAAUAAGAUAAUAUUAACUAUAGGCCCAUAUACCAUAUGCUUUGUCUUACUUUGUAUAGCUGACAUCAAUUUCAUUAUUGUUUGUGGUCAUCAAAUCUGCAGCUCAUACACAAUUGCACCACACAUUAUUAUAGUUUCCAAACAGCUGGCACCUGCUUUCAUGUACUUUUUAUUGAAAUAAUCUCUUUUUAUCCCCAGGAUAUACUGGCUGGGCUGAUAUCGGCUGCAGCACUAAUGAUGUUGACUGUCCCCCUUGUAGAGCCCAUAGACAGUUUAAUUAUAACUCAUCCAUAUUCCCUACCUCUUAUGGUAUUGAUGUGUAUAAUACUGAGUCUGAUGUAUCCUUCUUUAGAAAAGUGGAGUACGGCUCGUGGAGACACCAUUAUGGUUUUGGGUGUUUUUUCUGGCAUAUAUGGAGGUCUUUGGCUAACAGGAAAAUUGAUAGACUUUAAACCAUUACCUGAAUCCCUACCAUUAAUUUUGACUUUGCCAUCAUUGGAGACAAUUUGGUUAGCUUUAUUACGUCAAGUACUGGGUGUAGCUUUUAUAAUCAUCUUUUUACAAGCUGUUAAGAUGUCCGUUCUUUAUGGUUUAUCCUGGUAUUUUGGUUAUGAUCCUAAAGAUCCUAAAACAAAACAGGUGCUUGUAAUAGAGUUGCCCUACAAGUAUCUUUCCUACUUUAUUGGAGGUGUGGUGUCAACAUACCUCAUGCCUGUUAUAUUUUUAAAACUGAAUAUUGACAGACCUAGCUACUAUUCUGAGAUAUUUAAUUACUCUGUCUAGCAAAGAAACCAUGCCUACUUCAUUUAGUGUUUUCCUUUUUAUCCUGGCUUGCUUUUUAUUUUAAUUCCAUCAAAUAAUAGAAAUGCAACAAUUGCAUUUAAAAAAAAAAUUGAAAUAUAAUAUAAUUAAUUUUAUUUGUGAGACUUUAUCACAAUCUUAGCAAAGAGUUUGGCAAUGAUAAUUUGUGCCUUUAAAACACCCAGCAAACAGAACCCUUACAAUUGCAUUGUAGGUAGUGACGCUCUUAAGAUAAGUUUUAUGACAAGAAUUAGUUGGUGUGAUUAUCAAGAUUUAUAACCUAGCUUCUCAGAGCUAUUUAUAUAAAGAAGAAGCUUGAUUUUUUAAAUGCUUGUGAAAUAUUUUCAGAGAUUUAUUUCACACCAUUGCUUUGUGAUAUAUUGCUUUUUAUUUUUAAAAGUGAUUUGUACUAGUAAGCAACAAGAUUGGCUUUGGCUGCAUUGACUUGCAGGUAAAGAAAUAAAAAUUGUAAAAUUUGAAAUUUGUUACUUAAAAAUUGAACUGAAGAAACAUUUCUGGUCUUACAUAAGAAAAUAUUUUAGUAAGACUACGAAAUUUAAAAAAAAAAAAUGUCCUUGCUAAUAAAAAAAAUUUUAUUUUGAAGACCAGGCAGUUAGCUUUCAGGUAGUUUUAAAGACCAGGCAGUUAGCUUUCAGGUUGAAGUCAUAUGAAUAAUGCUCAAACUUUUCUCUCACCUCUGACCAAAUAGUGUGAACAAUAAAUUUUGUAUUGGAAGUACCUUAAGGUAAUUCAAUAUGAAUGACAUCUGUAAUUACUAGUCGCAAACCUUCAUGAAUACAGUGUAAUUAGUGGAGCUCUGGAAACAUAAUUGUGAUUAAGACCUAACACCUGGGAUCUACUAAUAAAUCUAAUAAGUGAAGUUAGAUUAUUAACCUUUUAAAAUUAUAAUAUAAAGAUAUCAUAAAACCACAUUUUUUGGGGAGGGGAGAAGUUGGAUACUGUUGCUCAUGUUGUCCUUCUCCCAAGUUAUCAUGUUUGAAUUAUUCUAUUGUUGAAACCUGAUGUCUUAACAGGUUACCUUGUCAUCAACAAAGAAAAUCAAAUUCUAUAUUUCUAUCUUGUCCAAGUUUGUUUAAAUCCUUUUUAAAACUUAAAAAAAACCCUAAAAAUAUAACUUUUGUUAUGAAUAUCUUAAGUUUAGGAGAGUAAAAUCUGUCCUUGAGUUUCACUUAAAAUGACUUCAAAGUCUGUGUAUUAAUGCCAUUGGGUUUUAUUUAAAGAACUGUUUCACUUCAUUUUGAUGCAUACUUUGUUGCAUUCUUUGAAAUUAUUUUUAUAGUUUUAGAGGUGAAUUUUGGAUUAAAUAUAAUUUUCACAUUGGAAAAAUUGUUUUCAAUUAAAGAAAGUUGAUUGUAACAAACAAAUUGGUUAAAAUAUUCGCAGUUGAAUCUUGGUUUCUGUGUGAUUUAAAACAUAAUCAACAAUAAUACAAAAAUUUAACUCUUUACUUAUGCAGCUUAUUUAUUUUUAAAUUUUAUACCAUAUAAAAAAAAAAACUGCCUGCCCAUUUCAACCUUUCAUAAGGUAAAUAGUUGGCUUGAUAAGCCAACUAAAGUUCAAAUUUCAAUAAAUAUUUAGAUUCUGCUGUUAAUUCACUGUCAUUUAACUAGUUUGGGAUGAAUGAAUUAUUAAAAUACUCAAAAUAAAAUACUUAAGAUGUGUUAUGGUUAAAUGUGAUAUUUUAUGAAUGUUGUUUUUCAUUAAUGACAAUGGUUGAGGGUCAAGAGUUUGAUAUUUGAAUCAUUUUUUAAUUUUUAAAAAUAUUAUUUUCUUAAUUUUUACUGCUGAUUUUUUAAAUUGAAAAAAACACUUUUAUUUUUUUGAAAUUGGGAUCAUGUGAAUAGAAAUACAUUUCCAGACCUGUUUUCCUUCAAACUCUUAAAAUCGUACAAUAUCAUCCCAAAAUCGUUCAAUACUGUAUAUUUAUAGUAAAAAAUAAACAUACAGUAUAUAUAAUAUAUACAUCUCAAAAUCGUACAAUGAACGCCAAAAUCGUAAGAGUAAACAGGUCUGCAUUUCUUUCAUUUAAGUCUCAUGCUCAAAGACGUUAUUGGGUGGUCUUCUAGUCUCUUUAAUUUAUUUCUAAUUAUGCAAAUGAUCAUGCAUGCAUGUUCAUUGCAAAAUUUGCCCAUUUAACGUUGAAUGUAUAUUUCUUAAGCUUAGAUUUGUCUACAAGAAUUAAUAUAAUCCCUUAAUUCGCUGCUGUUCCUAGUUUAUUAAACUUUUAAAGUUUUUUAACUUGUGUUUUAAAUUCAAAUACUUGCUGCAAAUAACGGCAUCCCUUUUUUUAGUUUAUUUAUUUACAGUUUUGUUUUAAUUAUUUUAUGUUAAAAGAAGAAAAAAAGUUAUUGUUAGCUAUCCACGCUGAACAUGUUCUUCCCCUGGAAUUAUUAAAGCAUUUCAUAUAAUUUACACAUCCUUUCCUUAUUUGUUUAUUUUAAUUUCCACAGUGUUUUAUCAGGAAAUAUUAAUAAGGUUGUGGGUUUUCAUAAAUUUUUUUUGUUUUGUAAAUGGUGUUUUAUGUUAUGAACAGCGGUAGAUGAAACUGUAUAUAAUCAGGAGCCAUAACUUUUUUCUUUUCUUUAGGAGCCAGCAUUUUUUUAUUUUUGGGUUUUCUUUUAUUCAAAUUAGGACUUGGAAAACCAUGAAUCAAACUAAAGAUGCUUAGACUAAAGGGUAAAACUUUUUAAGCUGCCAUGUAGACCAGGCAUCCUGUGUUGGUCUCAUCCAUUUUUAUAACUAUAAAUGUUUGGUUUCUUUAUCAAAAUUUAAAAAAACCCUGAAUUUUAAAAUAUUUCGUGUGAUCCACACUGUUUGCGAUAUUCAUAUUUUUAAUUAACGGGUCAGAAUUUGCCAGUUUUUCACUUUCAAAAACAAUUAAAAUAUUCAAAAUUUCCUGGGCUCGUGGCAUAUUAUUGAAAUAUUAGAUUGGAACUCCUCAUGUAAGUCUUGACAACAUUUUUCUAGCCACUUAGUCUAAGUAUGAUUGUGUUUUUGCAUUAAGAAAUAAAUGGUUGUAUUAAGAUCACAUUAGAACAUUGAAAUCUUCAACCAUUACCCAUGGCCAUUGACCACGAUAGAUGUGGUUGUUUCAUUUUUCAACUUUUUAAAUUAAUUGUCAUUUGAAUAAUUAAAAAAAAAAUAAUAAUUUGUUUUCUCAGAUUUAAGGAAAUAAAUGAUUAUGAUUUUUUUUUUUUGGUCCUUUGUAGCAUAUUUUAGUACCAACAUUGGCUAAAAACAAAUAAGUUUUUGGCUUAUAAUUAUGAAUUCUAAAAUGUUAGGGUUAAUAAAUGAAGAUUAAUUAGACACGAACAAUUUGUGUCAAUGCAACAUUAUAUGUUCAGCUUUAAUAAUAAUUUUACAUAAUACAUAAGUACUAUUACUAAUUAAAUUAGCUGGGAUAGUUUCCUAAAAGAUUUUUUUUUAGUUUUGUUACUUUUUCUACUUACUUGAAAUCAUUACAAACAUACUUACUGUAACUUAUGUGAUAAUUAUACAGAUUCACAUGUCAACUUUUGUCUUAGAGGGUCGAGCUUUCUUCACUUUAUUUUUUUAUGCUUUUAAGAGUGCAGUGUACCAGUAGUCAAAUUAUACCCAGAGAUCAAGGUUAUGGGCUUAUGAAUACAAUACAAAUUAUUUAUGAAGGAGACCAAGCUUGUAGUGAUUGUUUCGUACUAAUAAAAACCAUUGGUUAUUAAAUAACACUACUCAUGAGUUGUUUGGACCCUUUUUUUGUUAUUAUGGUUACAUAAAUAAACAAUAUUCGGAAUUAUUUACCACAAGGACAAGAUUUUAUAAAGUGUAUUUCAAGUUUCUUGUGAACCAACAAUCAUAACGAUGUUCAUAUGUUGUGCAAUCCUGAAAUUGGCCAAUCUCAAGUUGACAUGAACUUAUGUGUCUGUUUGUUUAUACCACUUGAUUAUGUUUGAUCAGUUGUUGUUUUUAUUUGGCUGCCGUCUCCCUGUCAGCUGCAUCUUUGGGUAUACAAGACUUUGUCCAUUGUAAAUGUAUUUAGCCACAGUAUUAUGUCAGCCUUUUGUUCCGUCCACAUGUAGGAAGUUCAAUGGCUUGUCUCAUUUUAAUCAAUUUUUAAUAACUAAAUUUUGGAAUAUAUUGCAAGUGGAAGGUGGUGUUAUCUAAUCACAUCAAUGUUUUUUCAUAAUGUAUUAUAACUGCAUGCGUUGUGUAUUUAUUAUAUACCCGCUGCCACAUGUUUUGAUAACCAAAGUUCACCCUGUAAUCUGAUUCUGUUCAACUCCUUUAUAAUCUCGUGUAUGUUAUUAUAUGGUGUAUUUAUUCCUUCAGACUUUCUUCUUCAAUAAUUAUAUUCUGAAAAGAAAACGAAAAAAAGUUUUUUUCAAAAAAAAAUAUUGCAUUACCUUUUUUAUUUAAAAGAUGUCUGGUUUCAAUAUCUUUGAGCCCAUCUUUUGAUAUGGUACCUACAGACCUGAAGCUUGGCUCAAAGUUUUUAAAUGUAAGAUAUUUGAAAAGUUGAUAGUUCUAGAACGACCCUUGAUAGUUCUAGAACGACCCUUGAUAGUUCUAGAACGACCCUUGAUAGUUCUAGAACGACCCAUUCAACUUCAAGCUUUUCAUUAUUAAAUACUGAUAUUCCAUGAGCUUUUAUUUUUAAUUUAAUUAUUACCUCAUUCCAGCUUCUUUUUUUUUUUUAACAAUGUGUUCAUCUUCAGAAUAAUAACUGCUGUGUUUUAAUAAUUAUUAUUAAUACGGCAAUUUUUCUAUUAAAUCGAACACACUUACAAAAAAUAAUCUUUAUCUUCCAUUAUUAAAAUUGCCGACAUUUUGGCAUAAUUUUCUUUGGUUCAUCAACUUGAGUUUGACUUGACACUAACAGCACCAACGUUUAUGUCAAGGCUGUACUGUACCACUCAUUAAUGCUCAACACACACACAUACAUUUUACUUCAUAGUUUUUCAAUUAGGCCACAUUUUUUUGGUAAAAACUAAGGUCUUUAUCAUGAGUGCUUUACAUUUCAAAUGAGCCCCUGCCUACCAUUUCUAUUGAGCCCCUGCCUACCACCCUGCCUACCAUUUCUAUUCAGCCCCUGCCUACCAUUUCUAUUCAAAUGGUGUUGGCUCAUAGUCACCAGCUUUAUUCAUUUCUGUAUUUAUCAAUUUAGGUCAGAGUCGGUCAACUGGAAAUUCUGGUGCGCAGCUGGAAAAAAAAAACUUUUUUAGUGUCAGGUCAAUAGAAGCCUUAAUGCUUGUAAAAGCUGUACUUAGGGCAGACAACUCUAGUGCUAUCACAUUUGUUUAUACUAUGUCAUUUGUGUGCACAAGCCAGUUGAGCUAAAGUAAGGUUGAUUUCCAUAGAAUGAGACCUGAAUUGUCUGCAUUUUCUCUAUGUCAUUGGGGAGUUUGAAUUUGCCAUAAAUUUGCUGUUAAUCGAUUUUAAAUUAAACUAGAAAUGAUGCAUUUGUUCUAUGUGCUAUCUCUGUAACUUGUUUUGAAUAGUAGGUGUAAUGUGGGUAGGUCAACUUACACAGAUGUUCACAACACAUGACAUUGUUUAGAUGGUUUUCAAUAUGGGACAAUAGUUAACUCAUGUUCAUAAUUUGUCAAUUGUAAAAUGUAAAAAUUCAAUCCACUCAGUGUGGCAUCAGUGCACAGUGAUGUGUCCCCAUUGCAUAGUUGUGCACACUGAUGUGCCCCCAUUGCAUAGUUGUGCACACUGAUGUGCCCCCAUUGCAUAGUUGUGCACAGUGAUGUGCCCCCAUUGCAUAGUUGUGCACACUGAUGUGCCCCCAUUGCAUAGUUGUGUACAGUGAUGUGUCCCCAUUGCAUAGUUGUGCACAGUGAUGUGUCCCCAUUGCAUAGUUGUGCACAGUGAUGUGCCCCCAUUGCAUAGUUGUGCACAGUGAUGUGCCCCCAUUGCAUAGUUGUGCACAGUGAUGUGCCCCCAUUGCAUAGUUGUGCACAGUCUGGGGUGCCAUCAAAACACUUUGAUACAGCACCUUCAUAUCACCUAGACUAGAAGUAAUGGGAUAAACUAAUCAGUGGAAAAUACUAUUUUUAGGAACAUUUUCUCUACAAGCAUUCACUAGGUAAACUCUUGUUGACUGACUGAGCUUAGGCAAAAUGGAUGUUUCAUGUAACAUUUGGCUGACUCUAUUUAUGUGUUAAAACAUCGAUGUGCUGUAAAAAAAAUUUUGUCUGAGUCCAGUGUUAAAUUGAUAGCAAAGUUACCACCACUUGUUGACUAUUGUUAUCCAGGUGCCUUUUUCCUUUAAUUUUGUUGCAUUUCUUGAUCUUUUUAAACUACUAACAUAAGGAAGUGGUUUUUAUGUUUACCUUUGAAACUGUUACUGAAGUUUUUUUUUUAAAUGUGUUUUUGAUAGAAUGUUUUGACUACAAUGAUGCAUUGACUCAUUGUCUAUCCCCAUCAUUUAAAAUACCAAACGAAUUGAACAGAUUGUCUUGCCAUAAGAUUAUCCUCCCAGAACUUUAAACUAAAUAACUCAGCUCCUAGACA